AGCUUGGCUUGUCUCGCCUACUGUUCUGACUUCUGAUUGGCCAGAUGGAGUUCACUAACUGCCCUGAUUGGUCCAUCAUCCUGGAGCAGUGACAUUGCAGAAUAUUUUCUCCUCCUCCAGCCACACUUCAUCACCAACUGCUGCCAACUCGCCACCACUGCUGCCGACCUCGACACCACUGCUUUGUCUCUGAAAUAAGCCCCGAAUGGAGAAAUGCAACACCUAAUUCCAGGUGAGACUGCUCCCAGUGCCAUGAACGGAGACGACGCCUUUGCAAGCAGACCCAGGGAUGAUGCUCAAAUAUCAGAUAAGUUACGAAAGGCCUUCGAUGAUAUUGCCAAAUACUUCUCUAAGAACGAGUGGGAAAAGAUGAAAUCCUCGGAGAAAAUCAUCUGUGUGUAUAUGAAGCUAAACUAUGAGGCCAUGACUAAACUAGGUUUCAGGGUCACCCUCCCACCUUUCAUGUGUAGUAAACGGGCUGCAGACUUCCAAGGGAAUGAUUUUUAUAAUGAUCAAAACCGCAGGAAUCAGGUUGAACGUCCUCAGACGACUUUCGGCAGGCUCCAGAGAAUCUUCCCGAAGAUCAUGCCCCAGAACCCAGCAGAGGAAGGAAGUGAUUCGAAGGGAGUGUCAGAAGCAUCUGCCCCACAGAACCAUGGGAAACAGCUGUGCCCCCCGGGAAAUCCAAGUACCUCUCAGAAGAUUCACGAGACAUCUGGAGCCAAAAGGGGGGAACAUGCCUGGACCCACAGACUGCGUGAGAGAAAGCAGCUGGUGAUUUAUGAAGAGAUCAGCGACCCUGAGGAAGAUGACGAGUAACUCCGUGAGUGAACCUUCGGCUCACCCCCCACAUCCCUGCAGAUGUGCUAUUCUGUUAUGCCUCAGGGACAUGACACAUGCCCAUGAUGAGAAGCAGAAUGUGGUGACCUUUCACGAACAUGGGCAUGGCUGCGGACCCCUCGUCAUCAGGUGUACAGCAAGUGAAAGCAAGUGUUCACAACAGUGAAAAGUUGGGCGUCAUUUUUCUUAGUGUGACAAGAGUUCGAUGUUGGCGUUUCCGUUGUAUUUUCUUACAGUGUGCCAUUCUGUUAGAUAUUAGCGUUUUCACUGAUGAGCAAGACAUGCUUAAAGCAUAUUUCGGUUUGUGUAUCCAUGCACCUACCUCAGAAAACAAGUAUAGUCAGGUAUUCUCUCCAUAGAACAGCACUACCCUCCUCUCUCCCCAGAUGUGACUGCUGAGGGGAGGUCUGAGUGUUUAAUUUCCGAUUUUUUCCUCUGCAUUUACACACACACCACACACGCGCACACACACACCAAGUACCAGUAUAAGCAUCUCCCAUCUGCUUUUCUCCAUUGCCACGCGUCCUGGUCAAGCCUCCCUCACUCUGUUUCCUGUUCAGCAUGUACCGCCCUCAUCCGAUUCCCCUCUGUCAGUCACUGACAGUUAAUAAACCUUUGCAAAUGUU